GAAUGCCCACGUUUCAUCGCCGGCUCUUUCGCAUUGUGAACAGAAAACAUAAACAAAGUAACUCGAAAUAUAGAAGAGUAGUUUUGACAAGUGAUCUGAUUAAUAGCAUGAUUACCUUGUCGAAAAAAAUUCGCGAGGAAAAGGAGAAAAAGUCUCCUCAAAGAAGCAGCAACGUGUUAUCUGUUCGCGACGUUUUAUUAACAAAAGAGGUGCCGGAAAUGAUGGAAAAUUUGCCAGACACUUGCACAGUCUGUUUUAAGGAUCCAGAUGUCUUGAGCGUAUUUGAUCUUUCAGUAACUCCAGACGAAGGAUUUUGGUUGGGUGGUAAAUUUUGCUUUCACAUAAAUAUUCCUGAAGAAUACAACAUAAAGCCACCAAUGGCAAGCUGCAAAACUAAAAUAUGGCAUCCUAACAUCAACGAAGAAGGACAAAUAUGUUUAAGUUUAUUGAGAGAACACACAAUCGAUGGAUCAGGGUGGGCACCAACUAGAAAAUUGAAGGAUUUGAUAUGGGGAAUCAAUUCAUUGUUCACAGAUUUGCUUGACUUUGAUGAUGCAUUGAACACAAAAGCGGCAGAGCAACAUAAAAAUGAAAAGGAGGAAUUUGAGAAAAAAGUCCUUCUAUAUAUUGAUCUCUAUGCUAGAUAGCAGACAUUUUGACUAAACCCACCUUUCUUCACUCUGUACAAAAAAAUUUGUAUGAUAUUUGAAAUUUAAUGUAAAAAAGUUUACCGGCCUAUAAGAUACUCAAGUUUCAAAACAUAUUUAUUGUAAGUAGUUAGGGAAGAUCGAUUUAUGUUACUGCUUUAGUUGGACAUUAAUUUUAUGGACAAAAAUUUAAAUUUUUUUUAUUAUUUUCAUUCGGAAACUUUAAAUAAGUAAUAUGUUAAUAAAUAAUAAGAUUUUGUAAUAGUCAAA